GUGGUGUCAAGCGUGAGGACGUCGACGUCGACGUCGCCUCCGGGGCACCGCGGCGCGCAGGCCUCAGCUCACCUCGCUCGAAGCAGACGGAAAAGCGAAGCGCGAGACGCCGGGCGGGGCGGAGAUGUCGGCGGGGCUGGUGACGGAGGAGGUGACGAUGGGGCGGCUGCACCGGAUCCGGCGGACGGUGAUGCAGAUGCUGCGGGACCGCGGGUACCUGGUGGUGGAGCACGAGCUCGCCAUGAGCCGCCGCGACUUCCUGCGCAAGUUCGGCGAGUCCUUCUACCGCGAGGAGCUCCUCAUCAACAAGUACAAGAAGAACGACCCGUCCGACCAGAUAUAUGUUUUCUUCCCUAACGAUGAUAAGGUGGGGAUGAAACACAUUAAGAAGUUCGUCGAAAUGAUGAAAGCUGAGAACGUCUCCAGAGCUGUGGUAGUGCUUCAGCAGAACCUCACUCCAUUUGCAAAGUCGUUUCUUAUAGAAUUAGAGCCGAAGAUCCACUUGGAAGUUUUCCAGGAGGCCGAGUUGCUUAUAAAUAUCAAGGACCAUGUUCUUGUUCCUGAGCAUCAAGUGCUUACAAAUGAGGAGAAGAAGACAUUAUUGGAACGGUACACCUUAAAGGAAACUCAGCUUCCAAGAAUACAGAUUACAGAUCCUAUCGCAAGGUACUAUGGCCUCAGACGAGGACAGGUCGUGAAGAUCAUCAGACCCAGUGAGACAGCCGGCAGAUACGUUACAUACCGCUAUGUCGUGUGACAGAACACAACUGAACUGAAGAAGAGAACCAUAAAUAUGGUAAAUUUUGAAGGUACACAUACACAUAUGCUUCCAGCAAUCUGUAUCGCCAGCUACUAAUAACGAUGGCAUGGGUGUUGUGAAAGUGAAUUUGAAUGAGCUGAAUAUAUGGACCAUACAUAAAUUCCCCUGUUGUACACUUGUUUUAUGAACUGUAUAAACACAACAGAAUAAAAAAGCUGGUUCUGGGAGCGAUGAAAGCUUCUGCAGUUGUGUUAA